AUGGGAGAUAUCGAGAGCAUGGUGGCGGCUGAUGGAGGGCCAAUGGACGAAGCUGAUCAAGGCAUUCCGGAAAUCAAGCGCAGGAAGCAAGGCUUCCUGCCUGGUCCUCGCAAUCCACAAGAGCGGGACGAAUGGCCGGACGAAGUGUUGUUUUCACUUCAUCGCAGCGGGGGCCUCCGCAAUUUCUUUCAGACUUUGAAGGAAGGUGUCUGCAUGAGUACUGACUACAGCGGCAUGGGCUGCGCCGAAGAAGCAAUGAGGUGUUUGCUGCUAGCGGCGGAAACGUGGGCAAGCCGCAAGGAAGAAGAAGCGGACCAACCCGCGCAGCUACCUAGCAAGGUAUUGCGCAGGUUGCUGCCCUUAGAAGGUCAAGAGGAAAGUGAUGCAGGUGGCUUGACCUUUGCAGAUGCUGGCCCUAGCGGUGCGUUCCCGCCUCUCCCUUGUGUAGGCCAGGAUUUUCAGGCGAAUGUCAAUGUUUUCAGGGCAGGUGACAUCGAAGCGGAUUGCCGCCGCAUUCUACUGGCUCAUCAAGGCAAAGCUGCGCCGACAUGUGUUCACGGCGACAUUGGUGAGCGCUGUGAGAAGCGCAUUUGGGAAGGUGUGGAGGCAGACAUCGAGCGCUUGCAGCGGAACUCGCGCACAAGAGGUACAAUUUCAGCUCAGCAAUUUGCGAAGGAAGCCUUCCAAAUCUUUCGACAACAACGCUUGAAGGGCAAACAAGCCUAUUGCUACCGACAUGACAAGAAGUGUUCUGUGGCGCCGCCUCAAGAAAGUGGUGGCAUCACGCUCAAUGUAGCGGGUUUCAUCUGCGUCGACUGGAGUGCGAUGGGGAAAAACCUGGGCUGGUUUGGAUCAUCUUGCUUGCCAUUUAUGCAGUGGCUAAGUGAGCGCAUGAUUUUUCAAGAGGACAUGGUAUUGGGCGAAAACGUCAAAAACUUUGACUUCGAGAGCAUGGCUGAUAUGGUAGCGGAUAUCUAUGACGUGUACCGCUUCGAGAUUUCACCCAGUCUUCUGGGCCACCCUAGCGAGCGGCAAAGGUUGUAUCUACUCAUGCUUCACAAAGAGAAGCGGCAAUGGCGCCGAGACAGUGUAGCGGCUAAUCCGCAGGCAGCGUUUGAAGCAAUGUUUGGCCGCGAGACUUUCAUGUCCAAUUUCCUCCCUGAAACGACAAGCACUGGAAAGAAUUGGUCUUGCUACCAAGCCAUGAGUUCAUCGCUGAGGAAGAAUUUGGAUGAACACACGACAAAGAAAUUAGAAAAGGAGUCGGAGAUGCGUCAGAAAGGAGUCGAAGUGCCAGCUGCAAAGAUGUGGAUGACCAAUUUAGCCCAGAAAGCAGAUUGGAUGGGUCCGGUGUGCGGAAAAGUUCCGGCAAUACUGCAGCGGUCGUCGCUUUGGUUGUACGGUCAGCGGCGCCUUGCUUUGCCGCUAGAGCUUUUGGAAUGCCAAGGUUGGAACCUUUAUGGUAGCGCCAACUGCCCAUACAGGUGCGAAGCCAAAGUUUGGGAAACAUUGGCAGACCUCACUGAGAGCCGUAUUCGAUCAAUAGCGGGGAACGCCAUGCAUGUCCAGUGUGUUGCCUCGGUGCUUGCUUUUGCUUUGGCAGAAACUGAAAUCAGGCAGUCAAGGCCAGGGCCAGCAGCGGCUAGUAGCAGUGCCGCCGGAGCACCCUCCCGCAGCACCGCGGCGUAUGGAGCCUAA